GGAAGAGGACGAUUCGGAUAGUUCCGAAGUUAUAGAAGAGAGUAAUAACAGUAGGGUCAACCACACUUCACGACAGACGUCCCAGCCGAUAUUCACGACUAUCGAUUUGGGUCAACUUACAAACGCAGACGAGACUAUCCCGAGCGAAACGCUAGGGCAAUGCGAUGCGGGUUCUCUUGGACCUGACUCUUCUCUCAAAGCUGCAAUUCUGCAUUCUAGGACUGUUAGUUAAUCCCUCGUGCAAGAAUGGUUUUGCGUCUAUAUCAAUCCUUGUAGUCCCCUCCACCCAAGCAUGGGUGCCGACUUCAAGAGAGCCUGGUGACAGAACUCGUUGCCAAUGAUGUCUUGGCACAUGGGGGAAUUGUAUCUUCUGAAGGUGUUUUAUAGUACUGUACAUUUGUAUAAUCUGUCUUGCUGUCUUUGUUUUGGCUUAGGGAUAGCUUCUGUUUGGACGCUACUGCUAUGUUCUGAAUACAUAAUGCUAUC